AAAGGAGGGGAAGAAGAGAAGACAAAAGAUUCAUGAACGAAAGAGGUUUCGGACGACAGCAUAAAGUUCUCGUAAAGCUCGCCUCUUACAAGUUGGAGGAAUGGGCAGUCUUCCAGUCGUCCUGCUCCUCUGCAGUUUCCACGCACUCGCAGCUGUAGUCCGGGCCGAGCCCACCGAGGCCCCGGGGGGACCCGCCACAGCCUUGCCAGCCGACUGUAGGGAGGAGGUGUAUCCGUGCACCAGGAUGUACUCGGUCCACCACCCCAUCAAGAAAUGUAUCGGUGCUCUCUGCCUCUACAGCCUGUCUCGGGUCUACGUGAUCAACAACGAGAUCUGCCUGAGGACGGUGUGCCACCAGGAUGAGUACCUGAAAGCGGAACUGUGUCGAGAGAUCUCUGGAUGGCCCAAGCGCCUUCAGAGGUCAGCCAAUAAGAAACGCUGUCGGCGCCGCCGCAGCCCCAACACCUGGGCGAGCAAGGCAUGAUGGGCCAACGAUGGCGGCGCGCGGCAGCCCCACGCGGAUGAGGUCCCUUCGAGACACAACCCUGGGGUGUUGUCAUAAACCUAGACCAUAACAACACAAACCCGCCGCUCGACACCUGGUGGUCACACACACACACACACACACACACACACACACACACACACACACA